AUGAGAUCCAACAAACAGAGAAAGCAUUUCGAAAAGCUCGAGAAAUUACACGGACAGCAGAAUUCCGCUCCCGUUCUUCUCCCGCGGGCGGAAGGAGAAAGCUUGCCGGAUGGGCGGGAGGAUGCGCGAGGGAUUACACCGUCGGCCUACAUGGCCGAUGCUACCGUCAUAGAGAUGUCCAAGACAUGGAAACAGCAGCGUAGGGAUGGAUACACCAAAGACCCCAAGUGGUCCAAAGUUUUUCAAACCGUACAGGAGAACAUGACAAUCCCCAUGCCCUACAAGCUACCAUACGAAUCACGCGACGGCAUCCUAUACUCCAUGCCCACCAUGGAACACGAUACUGAGGAACCCUGCAGUCCCAUCACCUGCUUGCAGGACGUCUUACAAACAGUUCAUGAUCACGCAUGA